AAUCUAACAAAAUUAAAUUUAAAUAUGAAUUCAAUAUAAAUUGAUUAAAAUUCGUUAUCGGAAUUAAGCUCUAAUCUAUCUAAAUUAACUAUUCUGGAAUAUUUGACACUUAAUCUAGAAAGCAAUAACAUUAAAGACGAAGGAGCUAUUGGAUUAAGUCAAGCUAUUUUGUAGUUAUUGGAAUAAAACAAUUGCCAAUAAUACUUAAGACCUAUUAAGUUCAGAAAAUAUUGCCAAAUAUUAAAGUUUUUCACUCAGUUGUAGCUCGAUAAAUGA